AAGGUAUUGCUCAUUCGCCCACCUCUACUUGAAAAAAAAACAAGGCCUAUCAAACGUAUUAAUACACACGAAAUCCCUAUAAUAUUUAGUUUAAAAAUAACUAAAUUUUUUUAUAUUCCACACAAAUUGUUUUGUAAUAUAAUUUGGUCAAGUGUUUACUAAAAGAAAUUGAACUGAACGUAAUAAAAAUAUAUGUAGGUGAAUUGCCACAAUAGGGCCAAGUUGAAAGUGAGGCAAAAACUCGGAAAAAGAAACAGAAGCAAAGGGAGAUAACGACGAAGUACCGGAGCAGCCAAAAUGUCGGACGUACAAAUGGACAGUGCACUUGAUUUGAUGCGUCGCCUGCCACCACAACAAAUCGAAAAGAAUCUGAUAGAUUUGAUUGAUUUGGCGCCAGAACUGUGCGAGGAUCUACUCUCAUCUGUGGAUCAACCGCUUAAAAUAGCAAAAGAUAAGGAACAUAAUAAAGAUUACCUGCUGUGCGAUUACAACCGUGAUGGUGAUUCGUAUCGAUCGCCGUGGUCCAACACUUACUACCCGCCACUAGAGGACGGACAAAUGCCGUCAGAUCGUUUACGUAAAUUGGAAAUAGAAGCUAACUAUGCCUUCGAUCAAUAUCGUGAAAUGUACUAUGAAGGUGGAGUAUCUUCGGUGUAUUUGUGGGAUCUGGAACAUGGUUUUGCAGCGGUAGUUUUAAUUAAAAAGGCAGGCGAUGGCAAUAAAAAGAUACGAGGCUGCUGGGACUCCAUACAUGUCGUUGAAGUACAAGAAAAACCUACGGGGCGAACGGCACACUACAAACUAACAUCUACAGCUAUGUUAUGGCUACAAACGAACAAACAAGGUUCUGGCACAAUGAACCUGGGCGGCUCAUUGACACGUCAAACAGAACAAGAUGCUAAUGUCAGUGAAUCUUCGCCGCAUAUUGUAAACAUUGGCAAAAUGGUUGAAGAAAUGGAGAAUAAAAUACGCAAUACGCUUAAUGAAAUAUAUUUUGGUAAAACGAAAGACAUUAUAAACGGCUUACGUAGCGUACAGCCGUUAGCCGAUCAACGGCAGGAGGUAGCCAUGAAACAGGACUUGGCUGCGGCAAUAUUAAAACGUAAUGUAAAACCAGAAUCGAACUGAGGUGCAUGUGUGUAAUGGGGGAGUAUGACAUUGGCGUUUGCAAUAUACAUACAUACAACAUAUACAUAUAUAUAGUUCAAGUUGCAGAAGAAAACGAAAAUAAUGGCGCAAUAGCAAGCGAAAGGAUUAAAUAAACGGCGAUUAGUGUAGAUGAAGUGUGCUUAGCAGGCACUGUCUGCAUAAAACCAUAUAGAUGCAAUUUUUUUAAUUAAAAAAUAAUUAAAACAAUGCUAGUAACACACAAAAAGGAAACGAAAAAACACAAAUCCUAUGCAAUUAUACUCAAAUUCCAUUUAAAAAGAAAUAAUCCAAACUAAGUUUUGAAUGCCUAAUAAGACAAUGAAAAUUUUAUCGACAGUAAUAAUGCAUGCGUGCAUCAGUAAGCGCUAAACUUACGUGGGCGAUUACUUUCGCUGGAAGCUCGGCAAAAAAAACUGGAUUUCGUAGCCAAUCUCGCACUUGAAAGUUUUAAAAUCACAUUUUUGAGUGUGGCGCCUCCUUGCAUGCACAUACUGUUAUACAAAUUAUAAUUAUAAUAAAUUACCGCAUCGAAAUAUAAUGGACAAAACAUACCAAUAACACGUAAA